AUGGUUCGGGGCGAACGACAAGAUGUUGGUGUUGUUGGUGCGGGUAUUGUUGGACUGACCUGCGCACUGAGACUGUCAGAGGCAGGAUACAGAGUCACCGUCCUGGCAAGGGACCUCCCGGGCGAUUUGACGACAGCAUGGGCCAGUCCGUGGGCAGGCGCUGUCGUGCUGCCUUUCAUAACCAAGGAUUCGAGAGACCGAGCUAUGCAAAUUGCCUCUUUGCGCUACUACUGGAGUCUUGCGCACCGAGAUCCAACUUGCGGUGUCCAGACAGUAACAGUCCAGGAGUACUGGGAUCAUCCAUCUCACGACGAGUCGGACGAAUGGUACGCGACAGCAGUUCCUCACUUCCGACGAUUGAAUCCAGAUGAACUCCCACCUGGCACGAAGAAAGGUAACACCUUUGUGGCCAUUUCUGUCAAUCCAGAGAGAUAUCUGCAAUGGCUCGCCGAGCUACUGGAGACCUCUCACAAGGUAAGGUUCAUUAGAGCCAAUGUGAACUCCUUGAAGGACGCAAAGACGACCAUAGAGUGUAAGAUAUUGGUCAAUGCGUCAGGCUUGGGAGCAAAGGAGCUUGCGAAAGAUCCAAAGGUCAUUGGCGUGAGGGGACAGACCAUGUUUGUCGACUGCCCCCGCGACCCAAAGGAUGCUUCCAAAGUGAUUGAUAAGGAGGUCCGGAUCAGACGAGGUACCGAGUACACCUAUGUUCUUCCAAGAAUGCUUUCUGGGGGAGUCAUCAUCGGAGGCGUUGAGGAAGAGGGCAGCACCAACACUGACAUCAACGUCGACCUCCAGAGGGACAUAAUUGAGCGAGUCAAUACUAUGACCAACGGCUGGUUCAGAGACCUCAAGCUGAGUGAUGUGAGGAAGAACAUCGCCGGUGUCCGACCUGGCAGAGAAGGUGGAUAUCGAAUCGAAAAGGCCGAUGAUGCGAUCCAUGCGUAUGGAUUUGGUGGCGCGGGCUAUCGGUACAGUAUUGGUGCUGCGGAUAUUGUGGUAGACUUGGUCCAGAAGCUCCAAGAGCUACUGGCUAGACUAUGA